AUGAAGAUGAGAAUAAAUAUGAAAGCUCAAGGCGUAUGGGAAGCUGUGGAGUCGCAAGGUCCGAUUGAUCCUCGACUCGACAUGCUAGCCUUGACGGUGAUAUGCCAAGGGUUAGACGAAGAAACGCUACAACAGCUAGAAGAGAAAACUUCAGCAAAAGAAGUUUGGGAUGCCCUCAGAACUAUGCACCUAGGAGAUGCUCAAGUUAAGAAGGUGCGAGCACAAUCCUUACGAAGAGAAUUCGAAGGGAUCAGGAUGAAGGAAAGUGAAUCAGUUGAUGAAUUCACUGGUCGCAUAUCUACUGUGGUAAGCCAACUGACGGCUCUGGGAGAAACAGUAGGUGAGAUUCAAGUAGUUGAAAAGAUGCUCAGGUCUGUGACGGGAAAGUACCUCCAGUUAACUUCGAUGAUGGAACAGUUUAGAGAUCUGACAAAGAUGACUAUCGAGGAAGUGAAGGGAGCACUCAAGGCGCAUGAAGAACGCCUAAAGGAUCUCGAUUCGAGGGAUGACAAACAUGUGUUGUUAGCACGCGGUGAAUGGAAAGGUCACGGUCCCGGCCGAGGAAAAUGGCAUGAUAGAGGUCGUGGUCAUUUAGGAGGUGACAGAGGUAAUCAAAGUUUGAAUAAGUCUUCAAAGACGAAGAUGACUAUCGAGGAAGUGAAGGGAGCACUCAAGGCGCAUGAAGAAUGCCUAUAG